CGGGGCGGAGGGACACGGGCUGUACUGCGGCCCAGGGGCGGGGGGAGGCGGUAUAGAUAGCGGCCCCUCCUCGCCGCCCCUCACUCCGUCUCUCUCCGCACACGCAGACACCGCACCCAGCGCCGCGCGCCAUGGCUCUCUAGCCCUGCCCGACCCCGGACCAGCGUGCGCAGCGCCGCGCCGCCGCCCCCCGCCGCCACCAUGGAGUCUUCCUGCUCUGCCCCCAUCUUCUUACCUGCCACCGUUCUUGCCAGCAGGAAUCACGGCCCCUGUCCAUCACGCUCUGGCCCCUUGCCCUAUUGCGCUGUGGCCUGCGUGAACCCACAGCUGCCCCACCAUGUCAAUGCUGGCAGCACUGACCCUGGACCGGGAGAAGACUCCGCUCCCAGCUAGUGCCCUCUCCUGGAGGGCCGAGUUCCUCAAGAUCCCUGGCCACUAUGAGCCCAUGCCAGGGGCCACGGAUGGGCGCUAUGCCCAUGGCACAGAGGCAAUGAUGCUGGCAGGCGAUGGCUUCUCAGACUGGAUGACGGAGAGGGUGGACUUCUCCUCUCUCCUGAUGGAGUCAGGGGACCCAUCGCUGCCCUCACCCCCGCUGCCCGACCUGGAGGCCAUGGCCUCCCUCCUGAAGAAGGAGCUGGAGCAGAUGGAGGACUACUUCCUGGAGGAGUCACUAUCCCCUGGGCUGGGCCUGGACCAGGUAGCUCCCAGCACACCACCUUCACACCAGCCUGCCUUCCACUUCCCCUUUGGGGAUGGGAGUGGGCCAGCAGGAUCCUACCCACCCUUCAGCUCUGACAAUCCCACACCACUGCAGACCCUUGACUCGGGCUGCCUGGAGCUCCUCAGCCUGUAUGGGGCAGGGGUGCCUGGGGAGUGCCCUGGCCAGGGCCUGCUGGAGGAGUGUGCCAGUAGCCCAGCAGCCAAGCGCAGCAGGCCAAGCCCCUUGGAGCAGCCAGCAGCCCCCUGUGGGCUAGCCCUGCCCCAGCAAAAGGGGGAUCGUAAGCAAAAGAAGCGAGACCAGAACAAGACAGCAGCACUGCGGUACCGGCAGCGGAAGCGAGCUGAGUAUGAGGCACUGGAUGAUGAGUGCCAGGGCCUGGAGGCCAGGAACCGUGAGCUCAAGGAGAAGGCAGACUCCAUUGAGCGAGAGAUCCAGUAUGUCAAGGACUUGCUCAUUGAGGUCUACAAGGCCCGGAGCCAGAGGCUCCGAGCCCAAACUCCACCCCAUGUCUACAGCAUGGCCUGUAAGUCAGAGGGAGAGGGGCUCUGAAAGAUACAGAGCUUCAGGCCUGGCCUCCAG